UUGCGUCAAGAUGAUUUAACUAUCGAACUUUUUGGUCGUGCUAGUGGUCGUCCUCUUCAACAACUUGUUCUUCAACCUAAUGAACGAUUUGAGAUCCGUAUCAAAGUUACAAUGAAACAAGGGAAGAAACUUGAUGAGAAAGAUCCAUAUUUAGGCGACAUUGUCUUCGAACACGAUGGCUCCGAAUCAUUAUCUAUGCCAUUAGUUUAUUCACCAACAGACGAAACUAACAAUGAACAAUCUAACAACCAACAACAGAAUAGUCAACAAUAA